UUUAGCUUCAGUUGUUUUACUCUGUCUUCAACAUUUAGCAUAUCCAACUGCUCAGUCUCUGGUGACCUUUAACAAUAACAACAAAUAACUGAUACACCUGGACGCCACAAUUAUUAUAAUCAUGGCAUAUAUAUGGCAGGUUUGCAAAUUUGUAUUACCCCCAGCUCGAUGUGUAGGAAGGGAGAGUGUUACAUGCACGAUAUUACAUAGCUCUUUAAAGAACAGCAAUAAUAAUUAUAAUGUGGAACUCUGGAGAGGCAUGGCAGGACACAGCAAGUGGUCUAAUAUAAAACACAUCAAAGCAAGCAAAGAUGCUGAAAAACGAGUGGUGUACAACAAGUACAGUCGCCUUUUGAAAAUAGCCAUUAAAGAAGGUGGAGGUACAGAUCCACACCUGAACUCCAAGCUUGCCAAAGUUAUUGAGCUUGCACUUGGCCAGAAUAUGCAGCGGUCUACUAUAAAAAAUGUAAUAGAUACAUAUCAGAAAUCACAAGAUAAUGCUAAAUCAGCCAUUAUUGAAUAUAAAGGACCUGGUGGAGUUUUUCUCCUGACAGAAGUUCUAACAGACAAUAUAACUCGCACCAAGACAACUCUUCAUUCUGCAGUGAGAAAGCUCAAUAUCCAGGAAGUUAAAGGAAGUAUUCGUCAUUUAUUUGAAGAGAAAGGGGUUGUGAUGGUAAGCAGUCAAGGAAUGUGUCUGGAGACUGCUAUGGAUAAUGCUAUUGAGAUUGGAGCAGAGGAUGUAGAGGAACAUGAAGACAACUUAGUGUUUACCUGCUCACCUGAGGAUUUUGUCAAAGUGAAACAAGGCUUGGAGAACCUCAAAUAUACCGUAAACUAUGCUAGUGUUGAUUAUAUACCAAAACUUUCUGUUUCUAUUUCUGAAGAAGAGGAGAAACAAUUGGAUGUCAUCAUCAAGAAGUUAGAAGGCAUUGAUGAAGUAAUCGAGUCCAUGUUAAUGUUUAAUAAUAACGAGUUUGUAUUUUAAUAUUACUGAUAGAGUGUAAUUAUAUUGAAGAGUACAUAUAA